GCUCUCCAGAUUCAAUGCGAAUUACUUCCUAGCCGAUCGCCAACCCAUUUGUACAAAUUCAGAUGGAGACAUUUAGUGUUUAAUGCAACAGUGAUUACGGUCGCAUUCGAGUAUUGGGCUACGUGAUGAUUCCAUGUCUUUUGACAAAUAAGACUGUAUGGAGGUCUUAAUGCUUGGACCUUUUCCUUCAGAUGAACACAUCCAUCUGUAAAUAAUGGCUGAAACACAUGACAACCUACCAAUUGAGAAGUGGACAGAAUCUCAUGUGAGCUCCUGGCUGAGGUCCAUAGGAGUGAAGGAGCAGUACAUUAAGAAACUACAUGAGGAGGAAGUUGAUGGACAAAUCCUAAAGGAGCUAUCAGAAGACUUUCUGAAAAAAGAGACUGGAAUGAAAUCUGGCCCAGCUCUCUUGAUCAUAAAGAAAAGAAAUGAGCUGGUUGAGUCUUUGAAAGGACGCAAAGUUCAAAAAGACAAUAGAGCACAUCAAACCAGUAACAGUGGAAAGGGAAGUCAAAAUGAGCAGCAAGCAACAGGUCAGGAGAGCACUGGUGCAGAGAUAGAUGAAACCCACCCAGAGACAAAGACACAGGCAGACAAGGACCAGCCAGUGACUGGCCUGUUGACAAAGAGAGACUGUAAACCACGGCCAUUUGGCAAAGAAGGCAUUGACUUCACAUAUGUCAAGCACAGCGUUCUGCAGCCUGAAUCAGGUGUAAUCGACCUCAUCUCCCCUUGUCAUGAGUACAAAUCAUUAUCCAUAGCCGCUAAAUUAGACCGGACAAGGCUACAAGCUAAGUUUGCCAAGGAGGUUCUGAAAUUUGGCACUGGGUGCAUGAACAUCCGAUCAAACGGUACGAUACACUUUGGCGUAAUGGACAGUAGGGACGACGCUGGCUACGUACACGGGGAGAUCAUUGGUGUUCCUGUGACAGAGAAGGACAUCUACGUUGACGCGCUGGACCACAUAGAAAGGUGCUUUUCAAGUGCUGACAGCGAACAUGUACGACAGUGUAUACGUCCACCACAGUUCAUCGAGGUCAUGGACAUGAACAGCACAGAGAAAUUUUAUGUUGUGGAGGUCGACAUUGUGCCCUCCGUAAGCAUUGUGAGGAACCGAGUGUACUCCGUCCGUCUACCGAAUUUCAAAGAAAAGGCAAACAAGGUUGAGCAUGAAAAGGACACAGUCUACCGCAGAGUAGGCUCCAAAACGGAACCAGUCAGUGACCAAAACGAAUUCUACCAACGCGUGAGAGACCGAGAUGCUCAAAGAGAAGAGGCAGAACAUUCACAUUUUCUCAACGCGCCAGAUUUCUGUGAAGACCUGGGAAGGAAACUGACGAUGUUGGUGACCAGUGGGAAAAAAUUCAUAGAAAAGGAAAAGUGGUACAUUCUCAUCACAAACAAAUUUCAGCAAGAUGAUCUGAGCAGCAUUGACUUUCUACUGAACAUGAAGAUUUUCUGCGUGUUUGAUUUCGACCCUGAUUCAAAAGUGUCUGGAUUCUGUGGGAAGUACCUGCAGCACCAUGCUGCAAACCUGCAUUUCAUGCAGAACUACAAAAUUCCAAGUGGCAUGAGCAUCGGGGACUUUGUGAGUCAUUUGCACUUGUUUGAACAGACCAGCUGGAUAUUUUGCAACGGGCGGAAUGACUAUCAUGGGAGUGAAACCCCUUGUGAUGAAAUGACGUGGAUUAAAACUAAAAUCACCCUCCUAAGGGAAUCCGUGUCACUGAUCUGCAAACAGCUCUUGCCUAAGGGUGCCUUCUCGGUGAUCUUUCUUCUCACUUCCCCUGUUGAGAAGCCUCUCUUGCAUAUAUUUUAUGAGUUCUACACAGACAUGGAAGGCCAUGAAGACAUCAUUUGCAUCUCAGAAUGUGAAGAAAACUACCAGAAGUGGAAAAGCUUUGCGGAGGCAUACUGUGACACGGCGACAGUGAACCGUUCCAGUGUUGUGGGGAUGAGAAUGAGCCACGUGAAUGCAACCCUGCAGCGCAUUCAGCCUGUCACGACUCGUGCCACUAAGCACCUGUCCGUUUUCACUAAAGGAGAAUGCCUGCUGGAAACCCGCGAAGAGGAACGGAUGUACUCCUUAGAGAUCCUGAGCGUUGACCAGUGUGAGGAAACCAGUAAUGACUUCAUUGAAGCUGAAAAGGAUCACAUCGAAAGACACUUCUACCAUGGCAGUAAAGUGAGCUGGCUGAACUUUUGGCUGGCGGAGAAGAAAUUUGUUGGGGAUGUUAUUCAGAGAGAUGCAUAUAGGGAAGUUUCAGAACUUCUCAGUGGCAUUCUUAAAAGGAGUGCAGACCAAAUGCCUGUGAACAGCAUCAAUAUAUACCAUCAUCCAGGUAGUGGCGGGAGCACUGUUGCUCGACAGGUACUCUGGAACCAUAGAAAAGACCUCAGAUGUGCAGUUGUGAAGCCAUCAUAUUCUGCAGCUGUUGUUUCUGAACAUGCUGUUCACCUUCGUGAGUAUGAAGAAAAAGACCUCCAGAAAUGCCUCCCAGUACUCUUACUGGUGGAAGACUGUGACAAUGAAUACCUGGAUGAUCUGCGGCAUGAAGUAGAGGUUGCUGUCAACACCAAGAAAAUCGUACAAGGGACAGUCUGUUUCAUUCUGCUGAGCUGUAGACGGUCACACACUCCAGAGAAAAUGUGCAAGGAGUCACCUCUCCAGAAUGUUGCUGUGACUCACAAACUGUCAGAAGAGGAGAAGAGGCAGUUCGCCGGGAAACGGAAGAAGCUUGAGGAGCAUUACCAGCCUGAGUUCAUCUUGACAUUCGUCUUGAUGAGUGAAGAAUUUGAGCCACAGUACGUGAAAGAUUUUGUGGAACAUUUACUGCAAGGCAUUGACCACACAUCUGUUGUCACACGCCUCAUUCAUUAUGUGGCAUUGCUCAACACAUAUGUGCAGAACUCCUUCAUCUCCCAGUCCCACUGUGAAGCUCUGUUGGCACUGACUAUCCACCUGGAUAGGUUCCGCCAACACAACUUUGAGAGAUCUUUAAGUGAGCAGGCUAAACUUGUUUUCAUUCACUUGAGAGAUGAGAAAACAUACAUUGAGUCAAUCCGUAUAAUCCAUCCAUUAGUUGCAAAGGAAAUUCUCCAGCAGCUCCUAGGCAGCCAACAGCAACAAAGUGCAGUUGCUAUGGAUCUUCUCCAUGAAGAUGUGCUUUUUGAGCACAGGUUUGGAAAAGAGGAGUAUGUGAAGUUUCUCCGGGCUUUGUUCAUGAGGCGCUGCAGAAUAAGUAAGGGUGAUGAAUCAGACAGUUUUUUCUCCCCUCUUAUUGAACAUGUGAGAGAAAAUGAAAGCCCAGACAAAGCUAUUGAGCUUCUAAAAGAAGCAUAUGCACGGUUCAACAAAGAUGCUUUCUUUGCUCAGCAGCUUGCCAGACUGAUCUACCGCUAUGACAGGUUUGAAGAGGCAAUACAAUGGGCAGAAAUAGCAGCAAAAAAGAUGCCCAGAAACUCCUAUAUCCUGGACACAAAAGGUCAAGUGUAUAGGAGAUGGUUCCUUGCCAAAUGCAAAGUGAUUGAAAAUGUGACGAAGACCCCAGAGAACACAGCAGAUGCUAUUCAGACGGCACUUACAGCCAUGGAAUGCUUUGAAGCCUGUGAGGUGGCAUCCGUCUCCGAUCUUGACACCGUGAACAAUUCAGGUUUUUUUGCCGCAGUAGAAGUAGGGUGCAACUUGUUGAAGCUCAUUUUUUCGCUGCAGAUGUUUUCAAAUAAAACCGUUGGACGCACUGAGUGCCUGAAGUACCUAGUCACAGACUACAUCCCUGAAAAGGUGAAUAAACCUUGGGAGUGUUUCCAUAGCAAACUGAAAAGCCUCCAGGUAACAAUGCAUGGAGCCUUGGAAUGGAUCUCAGAAGACUUGAGCUACUUUCAGACUGACAUAAGUGCAGAUGAGGAAGAAACAGCUGAAACUGAGAUGAAAAUAAACAACCCAAAGAAUUGGCUAGUAAAUAAGUCAUCUGUGUAUGGGAAGUAUUUCAGUGGUGUUCCUCUCAACACAGUUCAGCAGUCACGCGAUUCGAGUACAGGUACCAUGACUCCAUUCAUGAAACGCAUGCUCAUUUACCGCCUUGGAGGUGGGAAUAUAACUACAAUCUUCUCCCUCCUGCAUGACCAGAAAGAUGGGGAUCAAAUCAAAGUACUGGAAGAGAUCAUAUCCCUGUACCCCAGUGAUCCACUGAAGGCAAGACUGGAGCAAAUGGAUCUUGUGAACUACAUAGCGUCACAGAUUGCUUUAGGUUGCCUUUCAACACAGUCUUCAAAGCUCGUAGCUCUUCAAAACCUUCAGAAUCUCUGCCAGCAGUUUCCAAAUGACAAAAGAAAAUGCCUGUCUAGUGCUCUUUUCUUACUCACCUUGCUUUUCUGGCCAGAAGACAGUGAUCCUGACAAAGAAAACAAGUAUGAAAUUGUCAUGGCAGCUGUUGAAUACCUCAAAAGAAGCUAUUGGACAAAAAUGAAAGAUAUACCACAGAGGAAGAGGAGAAUUUACACUCACUUUUUCCUGAGCAAUGGGAGUGGGUGGGACAAGAUUGUGCACAAGAGCAAAGUGGAAAGUCUCACAAAGCUCCUCUCAGUGUCUGAAAAGAGAAUGAAGUGGCUCCGUGGAGAGGUAUGGAAAAUGCCAGAAAUUGCAACCCUUUUGAAGAGUGUUCACGGGUGGACAGAAGAUGGCACAGUUUUCCUUCUGGGUCCUCAGAAGAAGUUCAAUAUCCCAGCUUUGAAUUCAGCUUCAGUGCCCUAUGGCAAUGAAAAUGUCACAUUCUACUUGGGCUUCACAUUCAGAGGACCUGUUGCCUACAACAUCACUGUAAUAAAGUAAAGGGAAAAAAAAACAGGAAAUGAGCAGUGGUUUGAUCACAGCGAUUUGAACCAACACUUGUAAAUAUGUUCAUAUUUCACAAGAAUGCAAAUAAUAUGAUGUGACCCUCUCUAAUAUUGAAGUUCAUGCUCCAGGU